AUGAUGAUUUCGGGCCCAAAACAACCAAGAAAUGACAUAGAUGUUUAUCUAAGUCCACUGAUCGAUGAUUUAAAAGUGUUGUGGGAGGAAGGGGUGGAUGUUUUCGAUGCGCAUUCUAGUGAACAGUUCAAUAUGCAUGCCAUGUUGUUUUGCACCAUCAACGAUUUUCCGGCAUAUGGAAAUUUGUCAGGGUAUAAAGUUAAAGGGCAUAAAGCGUGUCUUAUAUGUGAAAAAGACACAUGUUACCAUCAGCUUGAAAAAGGAAAGAAGACUGUUUAUCUCGGGCAUCAAAAAUUUAUAAAUCGUUAUCAUCCAUAUCGUAGAUUGCGGAAAGCUUUCAAUGGGGAACAAGAGCAUGGUGUUGCUCCAAAGCCCUUAACUGGAGAGGAAGUUUAUCAACGACAACAGGGCAUUACUGCUGUCUUUAGAAAGUACCAAAAGCGGCCUAUUGUGAAAAAUAUUUGGAAAAAGAGUGUAAUCGGAACACUUCUCAACAUUCAAGGCAAGACAAAGGAUGCUAUUAAUGCUCGUAUAGAUUUGGGCGUGAUGGCUAACAAGACGUAUUUGCCUCCUGCCUGCUACACUUUGUCGAGAAAAGAGAAAACAAGUUUUUGUGAGUGUUUAGAAAGUAUCAAAGUGCCGCAUGGUUACUCAUCAAAUGUCAAGAGGCUUGUAUCGGUUAAAGAUCUAAAAUUAGUUGGCUUAAAAUCUCAUGACAGUCAUGUCUUAAUGCAACAACUACUACCAGUGGCUAUUCGUGGGAUAUUGCCUAACAAUGCUAGGAAGACUAUAACUAGGUUGUGCUUGUUUUUCAAUUCAAUUUGUUGCAAAGCCAUUGAUCCAUUAAAGUUAGACGAUUUGGAAAAGGAGGCUACAAUUAUCUUGUGCCAAUUAGAGAUGUUUUUUCCUCCUUCAUUUUUUGACAUUAUGGUUCACUUGAUUGUUCAUCUAGUAAGGGAGAUUAGAUUAUGUGUUCCAAUUUUUUUACGGUGGAUGUAUCCAAUAGAGCGAUACAUGAAGAUCCUAAAAGGGUAUACCAAAAACCCACACCGCCCGGAAGCAUCGAUUAUUGAGAGGUACAUUGCAGAAGAAGCAAUUGAGUUUUGUUCUAACUAUUUGUCGGAAGUGAAUGUUGUAGGGGUUCCCAAGUCUCGUCAUGAUGGAAGACGUGAGGGUGUGGGUACACAAGGUUUAAAAAUCAAGAGCUUAAGUAUUGAUGUGGUUGUUCAAGCGCAUUUGUAUAUAUUGAAUAACAUGGAUGAAGUUCAACCUUACUUAUCUGCUCACAAAAGCAUCAUAAAGAAAAAGUACCCCAAGAUGAAUGAAAGAGGGUUGUUAAAAGAGUAUAAUAAGAGUUUCUCUGAGUGGUUUAAAGAAAAAAUUGCUAGUGAUGAUAGUGCUUCAAAAACAAUUAAGUGGUUGUCCUAUGAGCCUAAAUGUAACAUAAUAACUUGGAGUGGAUUUGAUAUUAAUAAAACUUCCUUUUAUACAAAUUCGAAGGAUGACCGUAGUACCACGCAAAAUAGUGGGGUUAUGAUUGUGGCCGAGUCCAUGCACUUCUCUAGUGCUAAAGAUAAAAACCCGGUUAUGGCAUCUACACCCUACUUUGGGGUGAUUGAAGAGAUUUGGGAAGUUGAUUAUGUUGUGUUUAAAGUUCUUGUAUUUAAAUGCAAAUGGGUUAAUAUCAAUAGUGGUGUAAGAAUUGAUGAAUUUGGAGUUACACUGGUUGAUCUUAGCAAGUUAGCUUAUGCGGACGAACCUUUCAUCAUGGCAUCUCAAGCAAAACAAGUUUUUUAUGUCACAGAUCCUUCUAAUAAAAGGUGGUCAGUUGUUCUACAAGGAAAGGUGCAUGAUAGUGAUGAAAAUCUAGAUACGAAUCUUGAUAUUUCCGAAACUCCUCCUUUCUCAACAAAUGUGCCUACCUUCAUUGAAGAAAAUGUAGAGGAUUAUGUGCUUGCUAUUCGCAUAGAUCAUGAAGAAGGGAUAUGGGAGAAUUAG